AUGAAUUAUCUACUACUAUUAUCUCAAGGUCGUAUUAAACCUGACGAAUUACCAGUCAUCAGUCCUAGGACUAUCUAUUUUUUCAUUUGCUCAGCUUAUACAGAUUUUUCUUUGGAAAGACGUAUAUUACAGGAGAGUAUAUAUCAUGAUAUUCGUAAAUAUUCGCAAGAAAAAUAUGGGCUCGAUGUUUGUUUUAUCGAUCCUAGACCGUUGGAAGAUACCGUCCCAUUAGAACAUCUUGGAUACGUUGACUUAUUUCGAAAACUCAGCUUGCAAUAUUGUCGUAAUGACCUUAACUGCUGUCCAAUCAUACUUCUCGGUCAAAAGUAUGGUUUGCCAUUAUUACCGAAAGAAAUUCCUGCCAGUGUUUUCGAAUGCAUUGUCAAUCGUAUGAAACAAAAGACCGGUAAUCCAUAUCAUAAAAUUCUUCAAGAAGUUGACUUAACCAAAUGGUAUCAUCUAAACCCAAAUAUACUUGGUGAACCUGAGUGGCAUUUGAAUCCAAUGGACUAUCUAGGCGAUAAGCUGGAAAAUGAGUCUUUUGAAAGUCGCAAGAAGAUAAUGGAUGCGUGGUAUCAUGAACGGAAUAUUAUAGCUUGGAUUUUUUAUUAUACUGGAAAUCUGUGUUUACGAGAGAAUCUAAUAACAGAACAAGAUUUUAAUGCAUUAGUAUUAACAGAAUUCUCGCAUACACUGUCGUUAUUAAUCAGUUCAACUGAGGUAAAUUGUAAUAGUUGGACAAACAACAACGGAUCACACAUAAAUACUGAGUGGAUGUUUUCGGACCCAAUAGUUCUACAAAGGGAAAUAAUUGACCUUCAGUACUAUAUAGACGAUGAGUUGAAUACUGAAAAGUAUACUGAUAUUAUACCGAAGUUAACACCUACGAGCGGAACAAUAUUUGAUAGCCAGAAUCCUGAUAUGCUAGAAAAACAAUCCAUGAUUGAUCAUUUGCUUCAGGAUAAUUUACAGAAUGUUAUAAAAUGUUUGUUUCAAAAGAUGCCCAACAGCAAUCCGGAAUCCAAAGACCAUAAACUGAAAGUGCUUUGGAGAUCACCUAAUGGUAUUGAUCGAAAGUUUCACAAAGAUUAUCUCUCCGAGUUUGUUGCCCGAUUCAAGAAUCUUACGUGUGAUGCGAUUGAUAGAAGGGCAAGUGCGAAAAUUGCCCUAUUGUUACCCAAUCUAUCAAUUGGCCAUUCACUAUUACAAAGAAAAGAAAAUGUUGUACCUCUUCAAGAGUUAGAAAACAAUGAAGCAGUGUCAAAUACUCUAUCUGUACCUGUAAUCACUUUCUCACAAAUUCAGAACAAACAUACUUAUUUGGCUAGGGAAUUACAAAAGCGUAUAAAUCUCUGGGAUAAUGUAUGGAAUUCAUUAAACUAUGUUGGAUGGUUAGUACCGAUUGCAAGUUCUUAUGUAAAUGAAAUAGAUACCUUAUUAUGUUAUGUAGAAGAUACCGACCCAACAGCACAAGUUCCAAUGUUAAUCUACAGUACUUGUGAAACUACGGAUAAUACUAAUCAAGAACAGUUUUGCUUGGCUAAUUGUGUAGCUGCUUGCUGUUUUCGAGAGGUACAAAAUCGAAUUAACACGAAUUCAAUUGAUGGUUUUUCAAUGAUUCGAAUAUACACAAAGUCAACGCUGAUCACUGAUGCCUUGUCCGAUUUAGCUGAACAAAUCAGUUUCAUUUUACAAACAGACAUCAGUGCAAUCAACACUACAACUUUAGCCUCCUUUCUUUAUUCACUAUCGUGCUUACAAAGAAAUUGCGCUUCAAAAUCAUUAAUCAUCAUAAUUGGUGGCAUAGAACACCUUGAAGUAAGCGAAUAUCAGGAUUCUAUGGAAGGCUUAUUACCGAUUCUACAAGCAAAACAAUUACCAAGGCGUUUGGCUAGUGGAAUAAAGUUAAUAUUAUCAGGCAAUCUGAAAAUGACAAAGUUACAGGAGAAUAUUGAAGCAGCGGAUACGGAAAUAAGCGAUGGAAUCUUAUUGCCUACAUCAAGUUUAAAUUUGGAAGUAUGCUCACAAGGUUUAGCUGGAGCAUUUACAAAUUGUAUACAUAAUUUAACUAAAUUAAAUCGGUGUUUAACAAAUGACCAACUUCUCGGUGUUCAUCAACUGUUCCAAUUAAUUUCUGACCAAAAGAAUUUACCAAUUUUAGCAUGUGCUGCAGGUUUAUGCAUAUUGCCAUAUCUAUCAUCUCAAUGUAUUCGAGGAAAUGACCUAGUGUGUCAGUUGAUCCAUACACAUUUGAACGAUUUUAUAUCCUGUUUCGGGAAAUAUUUCUAUCAUCACACCGUUACACACUUUAUCUAUCUACUUGUCUGUUUAAGUAAUGAGAAACUUAAUGGUCCAGGUGCAACCAUACAUGAAUUACAGGAAAUUUUAAGUGUACCUUAUGAAGUACUUUCAAAUCAAACACUUCAAGAGUAUUUUGGAACUGUUAUUCUUCCAGUUUUUGACAAUGGCUGUUUAUUAUUACUGCUGCAUUCUCUUGAGAAAAGUUUAACUGCUCGUCUUGGUCAUCGACAUCCAAUUUGUUCCAUGGAUGGAUAUUUUGUUUACCAACUUUCUACUAAAAAUCAAUUAGAUCCAAAGACAACAGAUGUUGUCAGCCAUAUGUUGAAGAGCUACUUUUUAAAUGAAUGGUCUGAACAAAGUAAAGAUAUUUUUCCUUUAAAACAAUUUAGUAUUUCAUUUCAUUCAGUUUACUACAGCAUUCCUAGUGGUUCAAAUAAUCCUCAAAAGGGUUAUAGUUGUGACCUACGUGUUUUAGACUAUGAUGUUCGUUACCUGCGACAACUGUCAUUCUGUUUACUGAAUUCAAAAGACUAUUACGAGUUCAGCUACCGAACAGUAUUCAGUUUUGAUUGGCUCUAUGGGAAAAUUUAUUCAGUAGGUGUCAAAUCAGUACUCAACGACUUACAAGUACUCAUUGAUUUGUUGUCUAGUUUAGAUAAUCAAUCGAAUUUCACCGAAAGCACUGAAACAGUCAGAUUUGCAUCAAGCGUUAUGCAAAAUAUACUUACACGAUUAAGUAAAAGUCUAUACAAUAAUCCAGAUAGUUUAUCAACUGAACUUGUUGGAUAUCUGAUUCGUUUCACAUCGAAAUUUGUUAAUGUGGGAAAACAAAUGCCUGGAUCCGAAAGAAUUUUCCUAAUUGAUUUGCUUGUAAAGCAAUGUGAGAUGGAAAUUUUUAAACGAAACCGUCUACUACCAUUAUACUCUUAUCCACUAACUCCAGGCAACCCUCUUCUGGGACAAAUCACUUGUACAACACCCUUAUUGAAUUUACAUAAUCUGAGUCAAAGCAAUGAUAAGUGGAAACGGAACAAUCAAAUAUUAAUUAAAUUGAAAAAUGAUCCAAUUAUUUAUCGAUAUGAUUGUCAACAGGAAAGAGAGAUCCCUUGUUGGAAGUCAAGUUCAGGAUAUUUGUACUUGACACCGAAUGGUAAAUACGCUAUUAUUAUAGAUGAAGAGAAGAGAGACACGUUAAAAAUUCAUCAGAUUGACAUAGAUAUCAACGGUUGCGUACCGCUAAUAGGUCAGAUCAAUCCGGCUUUGUGGAUUAAACCAAUAUGGACAAAAAACCCUGAAGAGGAAACACUAAGUAUGGAUAUUAUCUUCUUGGAUAUCACUAACGAUUAUGUGGGAUUUAUUGUACAGACUAAAAAUACACGAAGUUUCUUAAGUCCAAGCGAAUUUGUUGACUGUCUAGAAGAAGAUGAAGAUGAGAACUAUCACACUCGCAUGUGCGACGUCAAUGGUGACACAGAUGAACAAAAGACCAAACAUCCGAUCAAUAGAUCCAAGUCACUGCGCUAUCUUUCUGAAAGUUUAUCUGCUGGUACAAUCAAUCAUGUGGUGAUCUUUGAAUUGACUACAGGAAAGCCUUUACAUCUAAUAAGUCCAACACCGUGUGCAACACUAGUCAAACUUGUUCAAGCUAGACAAAUAACCGAGAAAACAUCAUUAAAUGUUAGUGUUGAUGAUAGCAAUGAAAGUAUAAGCAGAGGUUGUGAUUUAUUUUUUAUAAAUUCAGCUGACCAUUUACUUGGCUUUCAUCUAAAAUCCGGUGAACAACAAUUUUCCAUUGACUUACAAUUUGUACCACGUAAAAUUUUAGUCAGCAAUAACAACCAACGAUUAUUCAUCUUGGACAGUAAUCAUCCAUGCGUUUUACAACUAAUAAUCAAUAAAUCGGGUCAAAUCAACAAAUCAUUUCGCAUUUCUUAUGAUGAUCUAAUUACUAAGGAUAGUAUUCUUGACAUCAAAUUAUCAAAAUACUACUCAUUUCUACUUAUUCAUGCCAAAAAGAAUGUCUUAGUCUAUGAUUAUGAAAACGAUGCUGUAUUCGUGCAUAUCACACGUCCAACUGGUAUACCAAGGGAAUUUCGUCUACCAAAUACCAAAUAUCAAAGUUUAGUUUUUACAGCUGUUGAAUUUGCAUUAAACGACCAAAUUGUCCUAGCGGCAAUAUUUCGUAAUAUUUUAAUAUGGGAUGUACGUCUGGGUGUACAACUGACUACACUAACAUCGCCUAUCGGUGUUAUCUCACGUCUGUUAGUUGAUUCUUCAGAAAGGCAGCUGAUUGGAUACAUAAGUAUGUCAAAAAUCUUAAAUUUGUGGAAUUUACCUCUAGCACUCUCAAACGCUGCAUUAAAACAAAAUUCUGAUACAACACAUAUCUCAAUUCAAAGUGAGAGUAAUAGGAUGGAUUGUCUAACUAAACCAAUUAACCAAUUAAUUUACUCGAAUUCAUCCAACAUACUUUUGGUGACAUGUCACAAUAGCGAUGAGUUAGGCGUAUUUGACUUACACAGCGGGCAUCUUACUGACGUGUUUACACAUAAUGGAAUAGUUCGGUCAGUUGUGCUUAGUUCAUGUGGUAAAUAUGCUCUGAUUGGCUUGGCUGUAAACAAACAAACAGAUGACAAUGCAAAUUUAGUCUGGGAUUUGUCCAAAAGACAGAUUGUUAUAGAAUAUGGUAAUCAGGUUGGGUUUCACGUUGGAAGUAUGAAAAGAAGUGGUCAUUUUUUUCAUCUGAUGCCAGAGAUGGCUUUGGACAAUAAUAAUAGUAAUAGCCGGGGAUAUUUCUAUGUAAUUUUGCAUGUGGAAAUUGAUAAAACUAACAAGAAGGAGAACAAAGCGGUCAUCAAACCAGUUACACCCAGCAGACUGUCAUCCAUUGUCCCCGGCUCUAAACCGUUUAUAACGUCAGAUGACCAACAUUUAGUCAUCCAACUGGUAAGCAGUGAUGAAUUAAAACAAGGUGCUUAUGUAUGCCAAGAAAUUGCAUUUUGGAGCUUUUGUUCUUCGCUUGAAAAUGACAAUGCGGAACAAAAUGGAAAAUUAUGGUAUGCACACACCAAAGUACUUAAAACUUUACUGACUGAUUACGAUGAACAUGAGUUACACAUUUUAAAUUGUGUUCCUAUUCAAAAUGACUCCUCUCUAGUUGUUAUCAUCUAUGCAAAAUUUAAUGAUCGUAUAAAAUCGGAUCUUUCAGUUGACUGGACUACGGGUAUAGGAUUUUCAAAAGGUAUUCUUUUAACUGAUAUUGUUAAAACUAAUAAAAGCGAACUAUCGAAAGAAUGGACGCUCGUUGUACUGAGAUCGAUUACAGGAUUGAGUGAAUGUUCAUCGUUUCAAACUCUUCAUUAUUCGUUUCCAAAACACGAGCUGUAUGAUUCUGCUAAUGGUCAAUAUUAUAUCUUACCACCAGGAACAAGACAUGUGCCACACGAUUAUUUCAAGCUGAACAAGCCUCAUUUCACAGUACAAACUAAACAGUGUACAAAUGACGAUUCGGUAAAAUUUCAUGGUUACAUACUGCAUGAUCAUUUGUGCAUUUUUUCUCAUCGUUCAACAAUCUAUUUAGUUAAACCGAAAUUAGCCAAAAUUGUUACUUUUAUUGACAUACACCAUACUAUAACGACAAUCAGCAAAAAUCCAUUCAAUGAUCAAAGUUUAUUUGUUGGUACACUUGACGGUUAUAUUAUUUCAUAUUAUAUUGCCACUGAUGAUGAUGAUGAUGAUAAUUUAAACAAUACACUCAAUGAUGACCAGUUAGUAUUGAAAGAAAUUCAUUCAAGCAUAAAUCAAAAAGUGACUGAGAACACUGAUCAAACCUUGAAUUUCUAUGCUACCCAAAUCAAAGUGAAUGAUAUCAAACAUUCCGAUCCAAUGAUGCAUCAUCUGCCUUUUAGGCAUAUAAAACCGGAAGACUUUAAACUUUAUCAACACUGUGGACACUUCGGUGAUAGACGUUCACGAACGUGUUCACUUCUUUGAGUAUAACAG